UGGUGGUUUUAGCUGCUCUGAGUCAAACAUUCAAAGUGCUUGAUAUCACAUCACCAACAGGUACAAUGGGACAAACAUCUCUGCAAUGGCUGAUCUUUCUGACCUCACUGCUGAGCAGCACAACAAACCAAGCCUCUCUGACUGUGAGUCCCAGCAGAUCUCAGAUGUUUGAAGGACAGUCUGUCUCUCUGAGCUGUGAGGAGGACGACAGCUCUGCUGGAUGGACUCUGAGGAGGAACACGACCGGAGACACCGGGACCAGGAAGUGUGAUGACUGGGGAGGAAAAUCUGCUGGUUCUUCCUGUAUCAUCGAUUACAUAGACCCAGGGGACAGUGGACUUUACUGGUGUGAGUCCACAGAGGGAGCAACCAGUAACAGCAUCAGCAUCACUGUCACUGGUGGACCAGUGAUCCUGCAGAGUCCUGUCCUCCCUGUGAUGGAGGGAGAAGACCUCACUCUGACCUGUAAAACAAAGACGUCCUCCAACCUCCCAGCUGGUUUCUAUAAAGAUGGCUCCUUCAUCAGGACUGAGCCUGCAGGUCACAUGACCAUCCACCAUGUUUCCAGGUCUGAUGAAGGCCUCUACAAGUGUCACAUCAGCAGUGUUGGAGAGUCUCCACCCAGCUGGGUCUCUGUCACAGGUGAGGAGGUUACCUUUGAUUUCAGGAGUUCAUUCAUCCAGAUAUUCACCUGACAGCUGAUUCUCUCUACAGGGAAACCUAUGACCACAAGCUCUCCUAUGACCACAAGCCAAUCUCUGUGCUCGCCAUUGCCCCCUGACACCUCAGCUCCGCCCCCGACCUCAGACCUCCUCCCCCUUGUGAUCAGACUGGUCUGCCACCUGGUGGUGUUCUGUCCGUACUGCAUCUCCACUUUCAUCAUGGUGUCUCUAUAUCGACGCAGGGCCACAGGCCUACCUGUUGCCAUGGUGAUGACCUCGCCCACCCAGGCUGAGGAGGGAUUGGAUGAUGACAAUGAGAAUGACAUCACCGCUGUCACCAGAGAGCAUCACUUCUGAACUGAUCUGAGAAGAAACUGAAAUCUCCGUAGAUCAGAAGCAGUUCCCCCGGCUGUCUUGAUAUAAUUAUGAUUGAAACAUAUUCAAUAUGAAAUAAUUGCUUUAAGUUUGAAUUGCUCCUUUACUGCCAGCCACAGCUAUCUCUGUAAUCCUCAAUAUUUUAUAUUAUAACAAUAAAGCUGUUUUUCCC